GCAUACAUAUAUGCAAUCAUAUAACACCUGUGUGUAACACCAAUCAUCCAACACGUGUUGGAUUUGUUUUGUAUGUCAAUUUGUUUUCAUGUGAAGGUUAUAGGAAGUGGCAUCAGGUAUAUGUCAACGUGUACACUUCUCUGGCUGUAUCAUACAUCAUGUAGGUAAGGCAUUUUUAAAAAUGGAAAAGCAUAGAGAGAUAAGGUGAUCUAUUAAUUUCUCUUUUAAAGAAAUAUUUAAGAGAAUUAUUAAAAAUUAUAACUAUGAUAAACCCACUGCAAAAAAACAAUCAGGCAUUAAAAUAUGUUAGUUUAAUUACUCUCACAUUACAAAAUGCCCUUGUUGGUCUUAGUAUGCGAUAUGCACGUACCAGAUCAGGGGACAUGUUUUUAUCUUCAACAGCUGUUGUUAUGGCAGAGGUUGUUAAGCUUUUAACGUGUCUAAUAUUAGUUCUUUGGGAAGAAAAAAAUGUUGUGAAAUUCUGUGAAUCUUUGAAAGUGACGAUUAUAAAACAACCUAUUGACACUUUAAAAGUCUGUGUGCCAUCUCUUUUAUAUAUCAUACAAAAUAAUCUCCUAUAUGUAUCAGCGUCUAAUUUAGAUGCAGCAACUCAUCAGGUGACAUACCAACUAAAAAUUUUGACAACAGCAUUUUUUGCGGUAGUAAUAUUAAGAAAGUCUUUGAAAAAUACUCAAUGGGGAGCUGUAAUAUUAUUAGUGAUAGGUGUAAUAUUAGUGCAGUUAGCUCGAACUUCAGAAAGUGCUAUAUCAUCUGAAAUAGAACAGAAUCGUAUAUUAGGAUUCUCUGCUGCAUUAAGCGCAUGCUUUUUAUCAGGUUUUGCUGGCAUAUACUUUGAAAAAAUACUGAAAGAUUCUGAUAUUUCAGUAUGGAUGAGAAAUGUACAAUUAAGUUUUUUGUCACUACCUUUUGGAUUAAUUACAAGUUUUAUAAAUGAUGGUAGUACAAUACGAAAACAAGGUUUCUUUUUUGGAUAUGAUUUAUUUGUUUGUUAUUUAGUUGUUCUUCAAGCAGGUGGAGGUCUUAUCGUUGCCAUGGUAGUUAAGUAUGCUGACAAUAUACUCAAAGGUUUUGCUACAUCUUUAGCAAUUAUCAUUUCUUGCAUAGCAUCUAUAUAUCUUUUUGACUUCAAUUUGACUUUGCAAUUUGCAGUAGGAGCCGUUUUAGUAAUUUGUUCAAUUUUUUUGUAUGGGCACCAACCGAAACCAACGCAUGUUGACAGACAUUCUUCAACCCAGAGAGCUUGACAUCUGGGGGUCGAAAUGUUCCGAUCGGAUCAUUUUUCGACAGCUUAUAGAUUUAAAAAAAGUAAUAAAAAUGUUAUGCGUGGCGACAUCAAUGUAGCCGCGCGUCGAUCCCGAGAUCGUGCUGUCAACGUAAAUUCUAAGGUAUUAAAUUGAAAAUAGAGAGAUUGUGUUCUUGAUCAUUGUCAGUAUUUCGUUAUAUUUAUAUAAAAUAAAUGUGAGUAUAUUAUUUUCACAAGAAAUAAUAUUUAGGAAAGCCUAUUUAGUAUUGGUUGUGACCAGCAUUCAACAAUGUAAAUCAUAGUUGAAUAAUUAAUUGUACAGUUUUCGUUUUAAAAUUAUUAUAAAUGAUAUGCAGUAUGAAAAUUGUUAUCUUUCUAGUUACAAAUUGAACAAUUUGUAAAUAUUACUGAAUGAAAAAUUCUAAAAUAGCAAUUGGACUAUUGGAUCAUGAGCUAAAAAUAGGCGUAAUUUAUAAUAAAAGAAUUCUUUUUGUAAUUACUAA